AUCAAACUUUUGUAAGAUACAAAAAAAAAAAAAAAUAUAUAUAAUCCUCCUUCGACCUCCUCAAAGUUAGAUUUUUCAACUCCGACCCGCUUGCCGUUGCAUUUGUAAUGUUUUGUUGUGCGGCCUCGGAUAUUAUGGAAUUGGAUCACGAACUAAACAAAAAUAAGGAAAGAAAAAUGUUAAAAGAAAGUUAAAUAUAAUAAAAGUCAUAGUUGAUGAAAUUUUGAUUAACAUAAAGAAAAUUGAAAAAAGAAAAAAUCCUUCACAAAAUAUUAACAAACCUUAAAUGCAAUGAUAAACGUCAAGUCAUUAGCUGUCCAAAAUGACAAAAGCAUUAAUAUUGUCAAAAAACAGAGAUCAAGCCCUGAUAAUUUUAGAAGUCAUACAAAUUAUACAUCCAACCUUGGUGAGGAUGAAUGUCAUUGCCAUCAACGAAUUUUUGGUACCACCAACAUUGGAACGACUGGAGGUAUUAUCCUGCAUUCUUCAUGCAGAAAAACAAAAUUGACAUCUUCAACAGUAGUGAUAGAAAAUUCAUUCCUAAGACAACAACGAAAGAAUUGUUGUAGUAAAAUUUAUUUAAUACAAAGGCUGCUUGUGUCAUUGGUUUUUGCCACAUUCAUAAUUGGCGUUACUUCUUUGCCACCUGUCAUACGUAUCGGUGCUAUAUUUACUGAGGAUCAAAAAGAUAGCAGUACUGAAUUAGCAUUUAAAUAUGCCGUCUAUAGAAUAAACAAAGAUAAAACAAUUUUACCUAACACACAAUUAGUAUACGAUAUAGAAUAUGUUCCUCGCGAUGAUUCAUUUCGAACAUCGAAAAAAGUUUGUCGUCAAUUAGAAUCUGGAGUUCAGGUGAUAUUUGGACCGUCAGAUCCAUUAUUAGGCGGUCAUAUACAAUCGAUAUGUGAAGCCUUAGAUAUACCACAUGUUGAGGCUCGCAUCGAUUUGGACCAAAGUGUUAGGGAAUUUUCAAUAAAUUUGUAUCCAUCUCAAACACAUAUGAAUAUUGCAUACAGAGAUUUGAUGGCUUAUUUAAAUUGGACCAAAGUUGCCAUUAUUUAUGAAGAGGAUAAUGGACUUUUUAAGCAACAAGAACUUAUGCGAACCACUGCAACUUCAAAGGCUGAAAUGUAUAUAAGACAGGCAACACCUGAAACAUAUCGACAAGUUCUCAAAGAAAUUCGACAAAAAGAAAUCUAUAAACUGAUUGUUGAUACAAAUCCGAGUCAUAUAAAUGCAUUUUUUCGAGGAAUUCUGCAACUGCAAAUGAAUGAUUACAGAUACCAUUACAUGUUUACAACAUUUGAUAUUGAAGCUUUUGACUUGGAAGAUUUCAAAUAUAACAGCGUUAAUAUAACAGCUUUUCGAUUGGUCGAUGUGGAAAGCAAGCAAUAUGUAAAAAUAAUGGAUCAAAUGAAAAAGUUUCAACACAGUGGCCGUACUAUUCUCGAUGGAAAUCCAUCUAUUCAGACUCAACCAGCUUUGAUGUUUGAUUCGGUGUAUGCCUUCGCUGCUGGAUUAAUGCACUUAGACCGUAGUCAUAUGUUAACUGUGACAAAUCUCUCAUGUGAUUCUGAAAUACCAUGGAGUGAUGGACUAUCACUUUACAAUUACAUAAAUUCUGCUAGCAUAAGUGGACUAACCGGAAAUGUUCAAUUUAGUGAAGGUCGUCGAAAUAAUUUUAAAAUCGAUCUGUUAAAACUCAAACAAGAACGAAUACAAAAAGUUGGUUUUUGGAAUCCAGAAGAAGGUGUCAAUGUAACCGAUCCUUCUGCAUUUUAUGAUAUCAAUUCAACAAACAUAACUCUUGUUGUAAUGACGCGAAAGGAAAAACCCUAUGUAAUGGUGAAAGAGGAUGCCAAUCUAACUGGAAAUGCACGCUAUGAAGGAUUUUGCAUUGACUUGUUAAAGGCUAUAGCUGGACAAGUUGGUUUUCAUUAUAAAAUCGAGUUGGUACCUGAUGCAAUGUAUGGGGUUUUUAAUCCAGAAACUAAUACUUGGAAUGGCAUUGUUCGAGAAUUAAUGGAAAGGAGAGCCGAUUUAGCAGUGGCUUCAAUGACAAUUAACUAUGCACGUGAAAGUGUCAUUGAUUUUACAAAACCAUUCAUGAAUUUGGGUAUUGGAAUUUUAUUCAAAGUGCCAACUAGCCAACCAACACGUUUGUUCUCAUUUAUGAAUCCUUUGGCUGUGGAAAUUUGGUUAUAUGUGCUAGCUGCUUACCUCUUAGUUUCGUUUACAUUAUUUGUAAUGGCGCGAUUUUCGCCCUACGAAUGGAAUAAUCCGCAUCCAUGCUUGAAGGAAUCCGACAUUGUUGAAAACCAAUUUUCUGUAUCCAAUAGUUUUUGGUUCAUAACUGGUACAUUCCUUCGCCAGGGAUCUGGACUUAAUCCAAAGAAAUCAGAACGUGUGCAAAAUCAAUUCUUCUCCUUCAUGAAUCCAUUAGCCGUUGAGAUAUGGUGUUAUAUAGCUAUUGGCUAUGUUUUGGUAUCCUUCACCAUUUGGAUUGUAGCUCGGUUUUCUCCAUUCGAAUGGCAACCAGCAAAGCCUCCGUGCUCGAUGGCUUGUGAGCAUAUGCUGAGUCGCAUACGGCAAGCAGCACGCGAACGUGCCAGAGAGCAACAGGAACAUCAGGCACAUCACGCAACCAAAGGUUUUAAAACUUUGAAAAGUUCAGUGAUUCCGCUUGUGAGUUCGUCAACAAAAACAGCCAUUUCCAAAGACUCAACGACCAAACCCAAAUCCACAAUAACUACCCAAAUCCAUCAGCAUCAUGAGGAAGCCAUAAAUAAUCAAGAAAAUAAUGAAUUCAGUGAUACUGAGAGUAAAACAAUUUAUGAUGAUAAUUCCGAAAAUGAAGAAGUUGUUGAUGAGCCAGAUGAAAUGCAACCUGAAAAUGAUGAACAUAGACACACUUCAUAUGAGCAUAACAAUGAUGAUGAUGAUAGUGAUGAUGAAAACCGAGAAGAGUUUCAUAUGAAUAAUGCUGAAGAUCCCAAUGAAAUGUGGGAAUUGUGUGAUCAUGAACACACUGAUGAAACCGAAUUAGUCAGCAUUCGAAAUGAAUUCACGCUCAAAAAUAGUUUUUGGUUUGCAAUUGGAACUUUAAUGCAACAAGGAUCUGACUUGUAUCCAAGGGCAACUUCUACCCGAAUUGUAGGUGGUAUUUGGUGGUUCUUUACAUUAAUUAUUAUCUCCUCGUACACUGCCAACUUAGCUGCCUUUCUUACUGUUGAACGAAUGAUAACCCCUAUUGAAAGUGCAGCAGAUUUGGCUGAGCAAACUGACAUUUCCUACGGCACACUCGAAGGAGGGUCCACCAUGACGUUUUUUAGAGACUCAAAAAUAGGAAUUUAUCAAAAAAUGUGGCGAUACAUGGAAAGUCGCAAACCAUCGGUAUUUGUCAAGACCUAUGAAGAAGGUAUUAAGAGAGUUCUCGAUGGCAAUUAUGCGUUUCUUAUGGAAUCAACUAUGCUCGAUUAUGCUGUCCAAAGAGACUGCAAUUUAACACAAAUCGGUGGACUUCUCGAUUCCAAAGGAUAUGGAAUUGCUACCCCAAAAGGUUCACCUUGGCGUGAUAUAAUUUCGUUAGCAAUUCUUGAACUGCAAGAGAAAGGAAUCAUACAAAUUCUCUAUGAUAAGUGGUGGAAAAAUACUGGUGAUGUAUGUAAUCGAGAUGACAAAAGCAAAGAAUCAAAAGCAAAUGCUCUGGGUGUUGAAAAUAUAGGUGGCGUAUUUGUAGUGUUACUUUGUGGCCUAGCUCUAGCAGUUGUCGUUGCCAUACUGGAAUUUUGUUGGAAUUCGAAGAAAAAUGCCCAAACCGAAAGGCAAUCUUUGUGUUCAGAAAUGGCUGAAGAACUACGAUUUGCUAUGCACUGCCAUGCAUCAAAACAACGCCCAGCAGUAAAACGCAACUGCACGAAAUGUGCCCCUGGAACAACAUAUGUCCCUGGAAGUAUUGGAAUGUCACAUAUAAAUGGAGUACAUUAUAAUUUUUUAAAUUAGAAAAAAAGAAAAAAAAAAAAAAAUCAAAAUCGAUGCCAAAAGAAACGAAAUAAAUAUUAGGAAAUAAUUUUAAAAAUGCAAAAACCAAAACUACUAGAAAAAUUUAAAUUCAUUGCAUAUAUUAUACUCGUGUGUGCAAUGUAGUUAUUUAUCAUUGUGAGAUAAAGUGAUAAAAAAUUACAUAUAUAUGUUCGGAAAACCAAUACAAUUUUGUUUGUUUUUGAACAAUCUGAAAUUAAGUUGUUUGUUUUUUCCGCUAGGUGAAGGAGCAAGUAAGUAUUAUAGCCCAGUGAGAAUAGACGAA